CUCAUACACCAAUUUAAACAAACAGUCAAGGCUUUGAGUUCUCUUUUUCAUAUAUAAAUUCCCAGUUCAAUUUUGAUAAGCAUCAUUUGAUUCGGUGAUAAUCAAGCAACAAAGUGUUAAAAGAAAAAUGAAUUCCAUCGUAGCUGUUAUUUUCGUAACGAUCGCUUUAGUAUCAGCAGAACCUCCACGGCCGUUUGCUAGACAGACAUCGUUGGAUUCUGCUCCAUAUGAACCAAGUGGCUGGAAACCAAAUGGUCCUCUUCUUGAAUACCCCAAUAGAAAUAACUUGCAAGCCUAUGGUCCUCCACAAACUGUUUAUGGACCUCCACAGAAUGAAUCAGAUGCAGAAUCCACUACUACUGAAAGCGGUACAGAACCAACUACUACCAUUGAACCAGAAGCCGAAAAUAUCCAAGUUAUACCAUCACCCGGAAAAUCACAAUCUCAAAAAUUAGAAAAAUCUUCAGCUCAACAACCUAAUCAAUUCUUCUUCAUUCUUCCUCAAACAUCACAAAAGUUGGUUUUGGCUUCACCAUUAAGAGUUGUACCCGCCCAAAAUAGCAAAAAUGCAGCUCCAGCCCGCUUAGAAGAGUUUCCAGAAGUUGUACAAGACCACGAAAAUGUACCAGUUCAAGUGGAACAAGUUCAGCCUCUACCAAUUCAAACAAUACCCGUUCUUGCUGGAUAUGUAUCGCAGUCUUCUCUUGUAACACCUUACAGCUCGUCCUUCGUUCAAAUUUACCAGUAAUUAAGUUCUAUUUAUUGUAAUGUUUGAAAAAUAAAAUCUUUCACUUAUCC